AUGCGCCACCUUGUCAUGGAACACGGUUUACCCUUCCGUCUUGACGUGGACUCCAACAAUAUCGCAACUCGCACGGCAGGUGGUGUGGUCUGCGACGCGAUUUCCGCCACUGACGACGAGGGUCACUACCACCUGAUCACGACGGAGAGUGGUGUGAGUCAUGCUUACAUCCUCCAACGACUACCGGGCUUCAUGUUUCAACUCUACGACGACAAGGACAAAGUCGACAUCCUCGACACGCUCCACCGGUCCGAACACCAGCGCCCCAUCCAACUCCAACGUCUUUGCUGCCUUAUCAUGGGAGCCUGA